AUGGCAAAGAAGACUUAUGACUUACUUUUCAAACUUCUAUUGAUUGGAGAUUCUGGUGUGGGCAAAACAUGUAUAUUGUUCAGGUUUUCUGAUAACCAUUUCACAACUACAUUUAUAUCCACUAUUGGAAUAGAUUUUAAAAUAAAAACUGUAGAGCUUAGAGGUAAGAAGAUAAAGCUGCAAAUCUGGGACACAGCUGGACAAGAAAGGUUCCACACAAUUACAACGUCCUACUACCGCGGGGCGAUGGGGAUAAUGUUAGUAUAUGAUAUAACAAAUGAGAAGACCUUUGAUGAUAUUGUGAAGUGGCUAAGGAACAUAGACGAGCAUGCUAAUGAAGAUGUGGAGAAAAUGAUCCUCGGCAAUAAGUGUGAUAUGGAGGAGAAGAGAGUAGUCAGUAAAGAGCGUGGGGAAGCAAUAGCUCAUGAACACGGUAUCAGAUUCAUGGAGACAUCUGCCAAAUCCAAUAUAAACAUCGAGCGCGCCUUCUCUGAGUUAGCGGAAGCCAUCCUCGACAAGACAGCAGGUCGAGAAGCAGAUGCGGACCACGCUCGUAUCGCGGUCGAAAGACGCCCUUCCCGCGCACCUCCCGCCCGAGCUUGUUGCGCCUAG